AUGAGCGUCACCAUAACCAGUCCCUGCGGGAAGUCAGGGGAUAAUGAAGAGCAGGAGAAAGAGGCGGUGGCGGCUGGCGCUGGGAGUCUUACAGGGGUCCUGGAGGCCGAGGAGGGUUUGGACACAGAUUCGGACUCCUACCUGGAGACGGAAGGCACCCGCGGUCUUGGAGGACUGGUCACAGACACGCUCUACCUGAGGUCAUGCCAGGCCCACAGCGCCGUGCCCGCCUCCUGCUUUCUGCGCCAAGGGAGAGCUCCAGAGCUGAACCUGCGGUACCGUGGUCUGGGGCCACAGGGGGCCCGGGCUCUGGCUUCUGCACUAACCUCCAAUCCCUAUAUCAAGCGUCUGGACCUCCGGGACAAUGGGCUCUGUGGGGCCGGUGUGGCGGCCCUGGCACGUGCCCUGAGAAAAAGCAGCAGCAUCUGUGAUGUGGACCUGUCGGAGAACCAGCUGGGAGCGGUGGGAGCCCAGGUCAUCUGUGCUGCCCUCAUGGCAAACCCAGCCAUACAGAAGGUCCAGCUGGCAGGGAACAGCCUGGAGGAGCAGGCAGCCCAGUACCUUGCUGAACUCCUGCUGGCCCACACGGGCCUGAAGUCCCUUGACCUGAGCUAUAACCAGCUAGAUGACCAAGCAGGGGAGACGCUUGGACCAGCCUUGGCAGAAAACACAGGACUCACCGAGCUUAACAUAAGCUGGAAUCACCUUCGAGGCCCAGGAGCUGUCUCUUUUGCCAGAGGACUGGGGGCAAACAUCUUCUUGAGAGUCCUGGACAUCUCAUACAAUGGCUUUGGAGAUCCUGGAGCCUCUGCAGUGGGGGAGGCACUUAGGACCAACAAUGUGUUGGAGGAACUCCACAUGAGCAACAACCAUAUCUCUGUGGUGGGAGCCCUGAGCCUGGGCCUGGGCCUCCGGGUCAACCAGACACUGAGGAUUCUUGUUGUAUCCAGGAACCCCAUGAGGAGUGAAGGCUGCCUGGGUGUCCUCAAGUCUGUCCGGGGUAAUCCAGUGUCUCCCCUGGAACUGCUGGAUUUCUCUGAUAUCCAGGUGAACAAAGAGUUUGACGACCUCGCUAGCUCAGUGAAGGUAAUUUUCCCAGAGCUCUGCAUAAAGACGGAUGCUGGCAGAGUGGAGUACAGAAAAGAGUUGCUGGCAGUCUUUGGACCAGCGUCUGCCCCUAAAUGA